AUGCACAUAAAGGCUAUAUAUGAGGAUAAUAUUCGCAAAUGUUUUAGCGAUUCCUCCCCGCAAACAGAUCAUGCACUUGACGUGAGGUCGGCAAAGAAGAGGAAAUUGAAUACCGAUAUCGCUGACCAUGAAAAAAUACGAAUCAUCGAAAGGUGUUUUGAGCUUAUCGAUGAGUAUAAAGGAAAAAGCGUUGUCGACGCGUCAAAUGAGAUAGUUAAGCUCUCAUUCGGAAAAGGGGGAACGUUGUUGGUUAAGUGCCAACGGGCUAAGCUCCACACUUUGAUUGAAAUAGGGGACGUGCCUGAGUCACAAAUUCUACUAGAAGAAAUUCGAUUGAUAACUUCGGCACAUCACAAAUAUGGUCUUUCUAGUGAUGCUCGGUUAAGUUUGAAGCUAGGGAAUGCAGUAGUGCGUGUUACCUUGACGUACGUUUUAGAUUAUCGUAUGAGCUUGGAGAAUACCGUACUGAGGAAAAUACUGGCUUCUUUAAUAAACAUUUUGGACAAUGAUACGGCCACCAAUAAAACUCAAGAAUUGGCCAUAGCUACCCCAGAACUUUUCUACAAAUGUAUAUGUGAACACACGGAAAAAUUGCCAGUAUUUGAAGGUGACUUUGAUCUUCCCGAGCUUGAAACUGAUUUGUUAAAGUUUCAGAAAAAGACGGUGAAUUGGAUGUUGGAAAAGGAGAGUGCAAAAUACAACUUUGAAACUAGCAGGUGUGACCAAAUUGUGGCUUUCACCGAAAGUGACUUGGUCCAUGAAGAGUCGAUCUUGAAAUUUGUAAAUAAAAUAUGGUGUGGCUGGAAACCAAUGGAAAUUUCAAGCAGAAGAGUCUUUUUCAACAAAUAUACCGGUCAUCUUGCAUCCUUGCAACAGAUUAAAGAUUAUCUCCUUGAGUAUAUGCACCAAGAAGACAAAAAUUUAUACCCAAUGACUCUUCCUGCUAGAUGCUUAUUGAGCGAAGAGAUGGGUUUAGGUAAAACUGUGGAAACCACUUCACUAAUCUUGUUGAAUCAACGUCCUAUUACUGAUGUCGAUAAGAGACUCAAUUUACCUCUUAAUGAGUUUGGGGAUGCGAAAACUAUUAUUAAAGGCCGUACAACAUUGAUUAUUGCACCUUCGACUAUACUCCAGCAGUGGAAGAAUGAGAUCAUUAACUUGGCUCCAUCGUUGGCGCUUACCGAGUAUAAGGGAGUAUCAAAUUAUCCCAUGUUUGAUAACAAACCAGCUGUUAUUGCAGAACAUCUACGAAAGUUUGAUGUCGUCAUUACCACAUACCAGAUAAUCUCCAAAGAACUAGAUUAUGCUAAAUAUUCUAGCAAGUUGAGGAAAACAAGAGCUUCAAAGCGAGAUGUCCCAUACUCUGAUGCAAUGAGCGAAGUCUCGGGAGAAGACGGCAUUGAGUCCGAUGUUAAAGAGACUUUGGCUCACGAUUAUCUGACACUAUUCCAAUUGACAAGUUUGAGAAAGCCCCUGCAAGCAAACCAAAAAUCGGACUCGCUGCAGCAGGAAACGGAUUACGAACAGGCAUUACAGAACGAGAUACAAUUGGCCAUGAGACAUAACAAAAUCCCUAGUUGGUACCGCAAAAAUGAGUAUGAGUCCCCAUUGAUGCUAAUUCAAUUUUGGAGGGUCAUACUAGAUGAGGUCCAGAUGGUGUCACUGACGGUAUCAAAAGCUUUCCAAAGUGCGGCUUUGAUUCCAAGAUAUCAUGCCUGGGGGGUUUCUGGUACCCCCAUCAGGAAGGACUUAAACGACUUGUUUUCCUACUUGAAAUUUUUGAGAUUGUAUCCUUUUAACCACGAUAUCGGUGUUUUGUCGUGGGAGGUGCUUGUCAAGAAUGUACCCGAGUUCAAGAAGUUCUGGUCAAGUAUAGCAAUCAGACACACAAAGGCAAUGGUGCACGACGAUAUAAAAUUGCCUCCACAAAACAGAGUUUUAUUGACUAUCCCUUUCACUGCAGUGGAGCAGGAUUUGUAUGAUGAAAAAUUUUCUGAGUGCUUAUCCCACAUAGGAUUGGACGAAAUGGGUGACCCGAUUGCUGAUGACUGGGACCCUUCGCCUUCAGUACUAAGCUUGAUGCGCACCUGGCUUUCACGUUUGCGACAAAUUUGUUGCUCCCCACAAGUUGGAAAUUUACAAUUAAACUCUAGAGGAAUGAAGCGUUCCAAUUUGAAAAAUGGAAUGGCGUUGAUUGAUUCAUUGAAAACGUUGGACCGUUUAUUGAGUGAUAUGUUGACUCGUCUGUACGGUGAAAUUAGUGAUUUUGAAAGACGAAAGAUCGAAGUCUUGUCCCAACUAUCCGAUUUGUUGGAAUUUGUUUACCAUCCAGAGGAGGCAGUCAAGUACCUAAAGGUGGGUAUAGUUGAAACUUUGAAUGUAAUCAAUCGCAUAGAAAUAAUGCUUGCAAAGUAUAUCCAGGAGUACAAGAAUACAUCGGAGAAUGAGGUGGAUGAUGAUGACGAGAUAGGGAGAAUCGAGGCAGGGAAACAAAACGAUGGUAACGCUAACGAAGCGUUGAUUUCAUCGAUUAGGGUUAGACUUCGGAGUUGGCUUUUGAUUUUACACCGUUUCUAUUUCUUGUUUGCCUCGGCUAAUUUCCAACUAUAUGAUGAGGAGUUUCAAAAGCUAGUCCAAAAGUACAAGCCUAAAAUCGAUGUGAAAAACUUGGGAGAUAUCAUAAAACACUUUGGCGCGCAAGAAAGAGCCAAUGAAUUGGCCUCCUUGCUUACCUCGAUUCCAAUUGCUCAGCUUGAGCUCGAUCAUGGAUUAGUUGAUUUAGAAUCUCCCCAAGAGAAUGAAACUAAGUAUUACGAGCUUGCCGAAGACGUUAGGAUGAGAAUAUUAAAAAGCUCGGUGAAACAGUUUAACAAAACCUUAACUGCUAGGAUAUCUGGCCGGGGUUUUUUGUUUCCAAUUGAAACAGAUUUUGUCGAUGAUGCAUCCAACUUACUUCCUAAGUCAUCAAAAAAGUUCUUCAAUAAAAUUCCGUUGAUAGAUUUGGAAGACUUGUCACUCUUUGCCAUCACCCCGCAAGUGCAGUCCUUCUUAAACAAAAUCACCAGAUUCAUAAACGACCUUAAUGAGAGUUCCCAGGAAAUAAACACGAAAUUCGGUAAGUUGAUUGAACUAUUGCUUGAGCCUGUCGACAAAAAGGAACUCGAACUUGACAAGAAGAAAAGAAAAGGGGACGAAGAUGAAGAACCAGUAGACAAUGACUAUGAAAAACAUUUGGAGGUGCAAGGUAUUGCGGAAGACCUCUUGUCCUCGUUGGAUGUUCUACUUACACAGAGAAAGGGGUUGAUUACUGGACUGCUUGAAGAGAGAAUCAUCUUCUCUCACCAACUGAAAUUAUCCUCCGAUGGUAAGCUAGAUUUUUCAAAGUUGGUGUCGGAGCUAACCGAAAUUGAAAAUGAACUAGAAGAUUCCUCAUCAAGGGCAGCUAGUCUAGACGUUGAGUUAUUUGGUGUCUUGGGCAAGAAACUUCGCUUGCUCUACGAAAACCAGAAAUUGGCUCAAGCAAUGAUUACCAGGGAGUUGAAUCUCAGUUGUAAUGCUGUCUUUAACUCAAGGGUGGAAUAUUUCAAACAACUUCAACAGAUAUCCGAUACUGUGAAAUUGAGGAAUUAUCCAUACUUGGAUAGAGAAGAACUUGACCACCAUCGUAUCAAUUCUAUGUUUGCGGGGGCGCUAAAUACACUACGAGAUUUACGAAGACAAAUGGACAAUGCUGUGGGUCGGUUUCGCUAUUUAUCAGAGUUGGUGAGAGAGUCUCAACAAACCGUUAAUGAGGCCAAUGAAGACAUAAUGACUUGUAUCAUUUGUCGCUCUAGUAUCAGUAUUGGGUCCUUGACUCUGUGCGGACACAAGUACUGCAAGGAAUGUUUAGAGCAUUGGAUGAGAAGCUCUCGUCACUGUCCCAUGUGUAAGGCUAGAAUUGACAUUCAGUCGGUUUAUAAUUUCACUAGGUAUGCUCCAGAGCUAAAGGCAAAAGAGGUACAAAACCCCGAGGUAAAAUCCAACAAGGGAGGUAUGCUAAAUUCAAUUUACAAACCUUUGAAUGAGGAUUUGGUUCAAGAAGUGCAGGAGAUUAAGUUGGAAUCUUCGUACAGUACAAAGGUGGAUAUGAUUGUCAAGCAAGCCUCGUAUUUGAAGAAAUGCGAUCCCUGUGUUCAGAUUGUCAUUUUUAGUCAAUGGCAAGACAUGCUAUACAUCUUGAGUAAUGCUUUAAAGUCUGCUGGGAUCACGUUUGUUGGAACUGAUAGUAUUUUCCUUUCGGAUGAGAAAAAUCCUUCCUCAAAAAAACCAAAGAAGGAAGCAGCGGUUGAAUACUUUAAGCAGCCUGAAAAUAGAAUAACAUGCUUUCUUUUGAAUGCGAAAUCACAGGCCAGUGGUUUGACGUUGGUGAACGCAACUCAUAUUUUUCUUUGCGAACCGUUGGUAAAUACUUCAUUGGAAUUACAAGCGAUUUCGCGUAUUCAUAGAAUUGGGCAAACAAAACCAACAACUGUGUGGAUGUUUGCAAUUGAAAAUACGGUUGAGGAGAGUAUCAUCAUCACGUCUACGAAUAAGAGGAUCAAAUUGAUUGAAAAGAGUGCCAUCGAUAAGGGAACUGAAUCAGAGCCUAGUGAGGCAAAGUUGAGUGAAGCGGAUUCCUUGACCAUGAUGCGUAGUGUUGGGGUAGAUGAGCUUUUAGAAAAACAUGCGCAAGGUGAGAAUGUGACAAAUAAUGACUUGUGGCAUUCCUUUUUCAGUGCAAAACAAUCGGAGCAGAAUUUAGGUUUUUGA